CCGCGCCUAAACAGUCGCCGCACCAUCGCUGAGCAGAGCGCACGCGCGAGCCACGAGCCGCGAGCGGGCAAGUGCACUGGAGCGAUACAACGCUGCUCCUACAUUAACUUUUUAAGGAUUUGUUUUUUUUAUCGGCGUAGAAAAAAGUGUUUUCGGCCAGUGGAUUUUGAAUUGUGUUUUUUGUGCAUUGUGCAUAAAAAUGUGAUUAAUUUGUGUUUGUUUCGUCUUGUUUAAAGUUUGGCACGAGUGCGAGGAUUAAUUAACAUCUGGUAGUCCCCACAUGCACGGGCGGCGCCAUGUCGGCGGUGAUGAGCACGCUGUCCAUGAUCAGCGGGGGGCGCCGCGCGCACCGCAAGCUCGCGCACACCAGUGCGCGCAAGUCGGGGCAGUUCUCGGACGCGGGCGAGGAGCGCGGGCCCGAGCUGCAGCGCCAGCAGCGCUCCGCCUCCAUGCAAACCCUGGAGACGAGCGGCGCGGGCGUCGGCAACCUCGAGAGCCUGGAGGCCAAGAUGGCGAGUAUCGAGGUGUCGCUGGCGGGGGCGCGGCGGCGCGGCGGCAGCGGGGGUGUAAGGGACAUGGGGCGUGAAUUUGACGCCCUCAAAGCCGCCCUUAACGACAAGGAUACGCUCAUACAGAAUCUCAAGAAGCAACUGAGCGCCUCGCUGAGCGCGGCGCGGCUGGCGGCGCAGGCCUCGCCAGCCAUCAAGCGCUCGACCAGUCUGGACGGCAGCGCUCGGCUUUCGCCCGACGAACGGAAAGCGCUCGAGGAACGCGCUGCAGCGGUUAAAGCGGACCUGGAGACCAGGAAGAAUAAUAUACAGGAGUUGAAGAGAAGACUGGAGAAGACACAUGUUACGGACAACAUCGACUCGCGCAUCCAGGCGGCGGAGCUGGAGUACCAGGUGGGGCGCGAGGAGCUGGAGCUGCAGGCGCUGGCGGAGCAGGCGCGCGCGCUGCAGCAGCUCAUGCAGCGCGCCGCCGCCGCCGCCCACAGCGACAGUCUCUACGACGCGGUGCGUGAGCUGGGCGGCUGCGCGGCGCUGGUGUCGGCGGAGGCGCGCGAGGGCGCGUGGGGCGCCGCCCUGCGCGGGGGCGCCGCCCACGUCGACUGGAGCCGCGAGAACUGUCUGCGGGCUGGAGACAGGCUGGUGGAAGUGAACGGCGUGUGCGUGUUGAGCUGCAGCAGUGAAACUGAGCUGUCGCGCGCAGCCGCCGCCGCCGCGCCCGCGCGCCUCGUCAUACUGCGCAGCCACCACACCGGCACCAGCAACCACAACUUGACGCAGAACGAAGCGUCAUCGCUGCGCGCGGAGCUGGGCCUCCUCCGCGCAUCAUCCGACGAGGCGGAGCGCGCCAAGCAGGAGCUGCGAGCCGACAACACGCGCCUCACGCACCGCAUCUCCUACCUCGAGGACCAGGUGCACGAGCUGCUGGCCUCGCACAAGCAGCUACAGCCAGUGAGCAGCAACGACAGCAGCUGCAUCACCGUGAACAAGAGCAAGAAGAACGUGACCAACAUCAGCAUCAGCAGCGAGCCGGCGGGGGCGGGGGGCGCGCGGGGGGAACUGCAGGUGUUCCAGAAGGGGCCCGACAUCACGGCGCUGGUGGCGCGGCUGCCGGGGCUGCAGGGCGCGGACGCCGGCCUGCCCGUGCUGCGCCCGCGGAGCAACGCGUCCGGCGCCUCCUCGCGCGCCGCCGCCUCGCCCCGCGCCUCCCCCCCGCCCCGCGCGCCCAGCGCGCACAGCGACCGCGCGCGCAUGCGCCACUCGCUGUCUCACCACUGCAUCCACGCCGACUACAGCGCCGAGACCGACGCCGCCAUCCGCAUGAUCGAGCGCAACCAGCGCCACAUGGACAAGCAGCGGCUGCGGGCGGAGCGCCGCGCGCGCAGCGAGGAGGACGCGCUCCGCGACCCCGCCCCGGCCGCCGCGCCCGACCCACACCGACACAUCGAGAUCAAGAAGGCCGCCGACAGGAUCGAGGAGAGCAUCAAGAAGACAAACUGGGCGGAGAGGAAGACGCUCUCCAUCAUCGAGCAGCUCAAGCGCUCGCAGCGCAUGAGGAAGCUGAAGAAGAACGAUAGCGCGGAGGAUGUCCAGCUGGAGGCCGAGCGGCACCACCACCACCGCAUCGACGGCAAGGUGCUGGAGAACGCGCACAAGUCCUCCCGCCGCUCGUCGCGCCUGCACUCGCGCAGCGCCAAGUCCUCCGAGAUGGAGUCGGAGUGCUCGGACUUCCCGGGCAGCGAGUUGUACCACAGCUCGCCGCGCAUCGACUGCGGCGGUCACUACCGCAAGCACGAGGAGCGGUCGCGGCCCGACGGCGAGCCCAAGCCGCGCCCCACGCCGCCGCGCAAGCCGCUGCGCCUGUCGCUGCACAAGGCCCGCAGCGCGCACUCGCUGGCGCACGGCAGCGAGUCCGAGUACAGCCGGCCGCCGUCCGAGGCGUACCUCACCAGCGAGGUGGACACGCCCAGCAAGAAGCCGGUGAAGCGGUCGCACGCGCGGGACGGCGGGGGGCGGGACGGGGGGCGGGACGCGGGGCGGGCGACGCCGCGGCCGGCGCGCAAGCUGCUGCCGGGGCUGAGCGCGUGCGAGGCGCCGCCGCCGGACCGCCUGUACCCGGACCACGCGCCGCUGCGCAAGAACUCGCUCGUCAACACCGGCAAGUGGUGCUGACGUCACGGGAGACAGUGAUAGAAUGCCUCCUCGAGAGCCAGUGUGCCCAGCUGCCGCAGGUCUGAGGAACUCUCGAAAAGUUUUUGACUUCGUGAGAGCUAAAGUGUGAAUUGACUAGACGGAAUCAGUGAUUUAUAAAUUAUAGAAAAAAAACUGGCUAAACGAAAACUAUGUAACAUGGACGGUUAUGAUGGACAUGUGAGAAAAACUAUUAAACUUUUUUGUGUUGUGCAUGGUUGUGAAAUCUAAAAUGUGUUGUAUCUUACGGUUUACAAAAAGACAGUCAUAAGUGGUUUGAGGCUACUGAUGUUUAUGAACAGUGGGAGAGUGUAGAUAACAGCUUUGUGUAGAUAACAGUAGACUAAAUAUACCGCAAUUAGAAUUAGAUUAUAAUUAGGUACUUUAAAACUUUAAAGUUAAGAAUCUCAGUUUUAAAAAACAAAUAAUUUAUAUGACAUUGUAAAUAUUAAGUUAAUUGUAAGUAGAUAAUUGCACCCACCGCGUAAAUACUCACUUUAUAAAAUGCUAUAUUUAUAAUUAAAAUAUAAUGGGCAUCAGCAA